GCUGAGCCGGCGCUGGUCCGGGAGCCGGAUUUGGAGCGCGGCGCCGGCGGGGGCCGGAGGGGGCGGCGCGGCGGACCUCGGUGGCCUCGGACGCUCCUCCUCGUGAGCGGCCGCCGCCCGCCUCCGCCUGCGCUAGCAGCUCCCGCGCCCCGGCCGGCACCCGCUGCCGCUCCUGGCAGCUCACCUGGGACGCGGUGCUCGCCGCCGCCCGCACUUGGGCCAGGAUGAAGGACCGGCUGGAGCAGCUGAAGGCCAAGCAGCUGACCCAGGAAGAUGACACUGACGAGGUGGAGAUUGCUAUCGACAAUACAGCCUUCAUGGAUGAGUUCUUUUCUGAGAUUGAGGAAACUCGGCUCAACAUUGACAAGAUCUCAGAGAGUGUGGAGGAAGCGAAGAAGCUCUACAGUAUCAUUCUCUCUGCACCAAUUCCAGAGCCAAAAACCAAAGACGACCUUGAACAGCUCACAACUGAGAUCAAGAAAAGAGCCAACAAUGUCCGGAACAAGCUGAAGAGUAUGGAGAAGCAUAUUGAAGAAGAUGAGGUCCGAUCAUCAGCAGACCUUAGGAUCCGAAAGUCCCAGCAUUCUGUCCUCUCCCGGAAGUUUGUGGAGGUGAUGACAAAGUACAACGAGGCUCAGGUGGACUUCCGUGAACGCAGCAAAGGGCGCAUCCAGCGGCAGCUUGAAAUUACUGGCAAGAAGACAACCGAUGAGGAGCUGGAAGAGAUGCUGGAGAGUGGUAACCCUACCAUCUUCACUUCUGGGAUCAUCGACUCGCAGAUUUCUAAGCAAGCCCUCAGUGAGAUUGAGGGUCGGCACAAGGAUAUCGUGAGGCUGGAGAGCAGCAUCAAGGAGCUCCAUGACAUGUUUAUGGACAUCGCCAUGCUGGUGGAGAAUCAGGGUGAGAUGUUAGAUAACAUAGAGUUGAAUGUCAUGCACACCGUGGACCAUGUGGAGAAGGCACGGGAUGAAACUAAAAAAGCCAUGAAGUAUCAGGGUCAAGCUCGGAAGAAAUUGAUAAUUAUCAUUGUGGUAGUAGUUGUGUUGCUGAGCAUUUUAGCGUUGAUUAUUGGACUGUCCGUUGGGCUGAAGUAGGAGUGGCCUAAGGGGCUGCUGCACUGAAAUCCACCCUCGGACCCGGCUCAGCAAUCCACCCCUGGAAGAAUCUAACCUACCUGAUGCAGCCCUGAGUUCUCCUCAAAACCACCUCCCACCCUAGCAGCCGAUGGACCCUCCCUCCUGGACUGUGUGAAGCAACCCAGCUUUUCCUUCCUUCUGGUGUGUCUCUUACACCUUGCGCCUUGUAGAGUCCCAGGUGUGAGACCAGCCUGAGGCGCGGUAUUUCUACCUCAUGGAAUAUUCUCCUGGAAUAUACUUUGCAGGGGAGUAACCCACAAAAUAGAGGGGUUCGUCUAAGUCUGGCAGGAGUGUGGCUUGGAUCAGAGCCCCUAGCUGGCAGGAUGCCAGGCCUUAGUUUGUUGUCCUAUGUCCUGAAAACAUGAGGGACUGACAGAUGCCAUUUUGAGCUUAUGACUUAUUUGAAAUCCACCCUUUAAUUAAGCUUGAAGUUCAGUUUGUGGGCCACUUUGAUUUUUCUCUGUAUUCACUCUUGUUUACUCAGAGGGACCAGGGUGAGAGUCCUCUGAAGCUACCAUUGGCAAAGACUGAAGUUAUGGAAUAUGCUUCCAUGUGUGAGUCUUGGACACUGGCUAGUCACUGUUAGAGAAUCGCUAUUUGUGAAGCCAUUACUUGGAGGCCAAGCAGAACCGAGGAUUUAUAACUGGGCCAGGGACAAGGUGCUAUAGUCUCAGGCUCUGGAAGUGUCCAGAGUGUACUUUUAUAACUGUAUGUGAGAGAUAUGUACAUAACUGUCUGCCUCUCAGGAAGCAGGAAAACUCGAAGAUACUCUGAGCUAAAAAAAAAAAAAAAAGUGGCAAGGUAAACAACAGAGCCUGGCUAGAAUCAGGUAAGGGAUAUAUGUUUACCUCAAGUGAGCCAUUGUAAAAAUGUGAUUUUCCCCCUUGUCAUCACGGAGCUUGUUUUCUGGAUGGCUGCUGAGAUGGGAAUCAAAUGAGACCUUUGGAGUAAGGACUGAGAGGAUUCCCACUGAAGUUUUCUGCAGAGUAGAUAGUGUAAUAUUAAUCCCAGCUGCUGCCUACCAGAGUGUGGUCCAGAGAGCCUCCCCAAACUAUCUGAUGUUCUCCGUACUAUUCACGUGGUGUCCCUCUCAGGCGGGAGGCUUGGGAGGCUAUAGAGCAGCUCUUCCUGCUCCCUUGUCUCCCAUAAUUCCUACCAUGGAGAUAACAGCCUAGAAAUCCUUAUUUAGUGAUUGCAACCCAGUGGUAAGCCUUAGACCUCUGGUGGUCCCCGCCAGUAUCCCCGAUUUUGGGUAUUGAAGCCCCAACUUUAAUGCUUUGUGGGACAGAGUGAACGUUCUAAUCCAGGCACUGCCCAUGAGCUUCCUUUGUAAAGACUUCCUCCAGUCGCCCAGCACUCAGGACAGAGCCACAGGGAUGCCCUCCUUCCUUCCUAUGGCUGUGACGUCUGACAGGACAUGGGCUCCAGCUAGGAGGGGAGACCAUCCUCACUCAGUGCAGGCCUUCUCUCUCCUCUGACAAUGAUUCAGGGGAUGAAAGUUUGAAACAUAUGCCACAUGUGAAGGGCUUUUGUUGUUUAUAUUUUUUUAAUGUAAACUUGAUUAUUUUAUUGCUAAUUUAAAAAUAAAUGACUUUAUAUUGAUUGCAAAACA